AGUUUGGCUGUGAACGCCUCCUCAGACACGCUGCAGCGUGCUUCUGUUUUGUCUACUGCUUGACAUUCGGUGCAUGUCAACUGCGCACGACGAACUGUAGCGCCGCUGUUGCUAGUGGAAUCUUAGUUCUGGAAGAGAGGACAGCAAGGCACGGGCUUUUCAAGGCUAAACUGACUUCGCUCAUGUCUUCCACCGGGUCUCCGUGAAUAUCAAGGCUAAAUCGGCGGCAGUAAUGACUUCGGUAUGGAAGAGACUCCAGCGCGUCGGCAAGAGGGCUUCGAAGUUUCAGUUUGCUGCGACUUUCCAGGACCUGACGGUAGAAUGCACGAAUAAAUGGCAACCAGACAAACUGAGGGUGGUUUGGACCAGACGAAAUCGACGCAUUUGCACAAAGUUGCAUGGCUGGCAGCCCGGAAUCAAGAACCCCUACCGGGGGAUGGUAGUUUGGCAGGCACCGGAAAGCGUGGAUAUCACCGUCACGCUCUUCAAGGACCCAAAUGCAGAUGAGUUUGAAGACAAGGACUGGACGUUUAUCAUUGAAAACGAGACUAAAGGCCACAGGAAGGUGCUGGCCUCUGUCGACGUGAACAUGAGGAGGUACGCCAGCGCCACGCCCGCCCAGUACGAGCUCUCGCUGAAGAUGAAGCCCCUGUCGGUGAAGGUGGUGGAGGCCACGCUCAAGCUCACCCUCUCCUGCGUCUUCCUCAAGGAGGGCAAAGCCACGGAUGAGGACAUGCAGAGUCUGGCCAGCCUCAUGAGCCUGAAGCAGUCGGACAUCGGUAACCUCGACGACUUCAGCGAUGAGGAGGAGGACAGGAGAGCCAGCACAGGAUCGGCCACCGUCAGUCCCACAGCAGCACCCCAUACCCCUUCGAGAAGAGUGCGAGACGCGGGCACAACGCACACAGCUCCCACUGAGAUGGAGAGGAAGAGCACUUUCACCGUCACGCCCCCUAACCCCUCGCUCCAGUCACUUCCUCCCCUCCCUCUCUCCAUCACCCCCUCUGCUCCUCCCCUCUUUCCUCCGCCCCCUCACCCCGCCGCCCCCCGCCCUGCUGGCAGUGACCCCCAGCAGGCGCGCCCAUCGCACUACUCCUUCACCCUGCCAGCCUUUAUCAAGGCCCACCCCCCGGUCCUGCCUAAAAUCUUCCAACCACCUGCUGGAUCAGCACCAGUCUAUGUCACUCGGCGACCCCAGAGGAGCUCAGGUGACCCUAGCUUGAUGGAGCACAGACCUCAUGCUGAGGCCGCAAUGGCCGCCCCAAUCCCGCCUCCCCCUCCCCCCAGACCGAGACCCCUGUCCUUCACGGGCCCCAGCACGCCUCCUCACCCCUCACCCCUCUCCUCUUCACCCCCCCAAGUUGCUCUGCCACUCGACGGCACACAGACAGUCACCUACUCUGCUGCCCGCUCGAGCGCGUGGAGACCCCAUAGUUUCCCCUCUCUUCGCUCCUCUGUCCAUUCUCCUCCUCCUCAUCUUGAAACCUCCCCUCCUGUUGUGGCAUCCAUCCCUGCGCUCCGUCACUCAAAGUCAUACCGCGAUUCAUUGGCUGAGCCUGGCUCCGCCCUAACUAGGCCUACCAGCCUGCCCUCUGAACCUGAACCAGCAUCCUGGCAGAAUGAAUGGCGGUCGCCUAAACACACCACACCCCUCGCCCCCCCUCCGGUCCUCUGUCCCACCACCACCACCACUGACACGUCCGAGGUCGUCCCUCUGCAGUCAGUCCAGGGCCUGGAGACACUCUGUAAACCUGCAUCCUCUCUUUCCCCUCCCCCUGUCCAGACCCCUCCCUCCUCUGUGCAGACCACUCCCCCUGUCCAGACCCCUCCCUCAUCUGUGCAAACCACUCACCUUGUCCAGCCCUCUGUCUCAAUGCAAACCAACCCUGGUGUACCCUCCUCUGCUGUUGUCCAGUCUGCUUUCACUGUGCAAGCCACUGUCCAUGCCCCACCACCCUCAGUAGAAACCCCUCCUGAUGCUCAGGCUUCACCCCCUGUUUUUACUGAUUCUACUACCGAAUCAGAUCUCCCGCCUUUGAUUCCUCCCCUGGCACAGGCCACUCCCCCUGAACAGUCUCCUCUCUCUGCUAUCUCUCCUCCUCCUGAGAUCUUUUGUUCUGUGCUGCCUCCUCCCCUUAGCCUGUCCCCUCCUAAUGCCCACUCUCUUUCCCUGUCCGCAUCCCCAGUCCCUGCUCCAGCUGCCUUCUCUGACUCUCCUGAUCCCCUGCCCUCCGUCCAGAUACUGUCAUCCUACCCGGCUGUGUCAUUGCCUGAUCCCCUUGUCCAUGCUCACGUCCCUGCCAGCAUGACCUCUCCUCCUGUGACUACCCCUCUCUCAGAUGCCCCCUCUCUCACUCCCGCUGACUCAAUCCCAGCCUCCUGCUCUAGUUCAGCUUCUCCCCCGCUGUCCCCCGCUGUCUGUGUGUCUCCCAUCCCCUGUCCUGCCCCUCUUCCUGUCGUCUCCGUCGAUGUCCGUGCUUCCUGUACUGCUCCUGGUCCUGCUCCAGCCUCGCCUGCUGCGUCCGUUGUCUCCUCGUCAGACUCCUCCCCUGCGGUCCCAGUCUGCAAGUGGAGGCACCAGGUGGUGCCCACUGUUGUGCGUCCAAAUGUCAGAAGACCUCAGGUCACCCCUGCUGUGGAGACCCUGGUCCCCAUGCCUGUUCCCUCUCCUCUUUCUCCCACUCCUGCUGUGCUCUCUCCCCUGCCUCCUGCCAUCUCUAGUCCUCCUCUACAGGCCCAGGCCCCCAUAUCCUUGCAGCCAGGGCCUGUCUCUGCUUCCCUCUUUGACACACAGACAGAGUUCCAGAGGCAACUGAGCACACUGACAGAAGAGGAGCACUCCAGUUCACUAAGUCCAACGGAAGAGAAACAAACGAACCUUGGUCGGCCAGAGUCAAAAGCCUAUGAGCGAAAACGGGAAGGAGAUUCUGUGUUUGGAUUGGAGGUUGUCAAGGCAGCAAAAGGACUGGACAGUAUGAUACCUCUGCUGCCAUCUAGUCCAAAAAAAUCCAGUCUCUCCGAAUUCCCCUAUUUUGAGCUGCCAAAGACACGAAGUGAUGGCCCAGACACAACCCCUGUAGGAGUGUCCCCUGAUCCCACCUCACACCCUGCCUCACCUCUGAGCUUAUCACCAGUGGCGGUAUCUGCCUCCUCACAGGAGUCGAAAGAGGCCCCGAAACCGUUAAUUUGGAAGCCAGUUCAUCCGUCACCACCUAGGUCCAUGUCUGGACAGGGUGCUAUGGUUGCCAUGGAGAGCGAGAAGGCAGUUCAGGCUUCACCCACACAAUUGCCUCUUAGUGGUUUAUUAGAGGGAAAGGGUAUGAGAGACUGGACCGAAGAGAGAGAGACAGGAAAAAAAUGUAAAGAAAGGAGGAAAAAGAAAAAGCAGAAAGUUACUCUCUCCGCUGAGAGAGAUGUGUCCCAGUGUGUAGGGGCUCCUGAAAGGGCUCCCUCAGAAUGGGGACCAAAUACCAUGGUUACUUUGCUGCCAUCUUGCCCGAGAGUCUCCAGGUCUCCUGGGUUGCCAUCCGCAAUGAUGCAUAGUAGAGAUGAGGCCCAAGAUGGAGAGAGGACAUUUGAUAGGAAAGUACUGUUGGAGAAACCAUCCAAAAAAGUCUCCAAAGUCACUGUUUCUCAGGGCCCUGUACCAGAAACGUUAACCAAAGAUGAAGAAGAUGCAAGGGGUAUGGCAUACUUAUCGCCAUGCUGUCCAAGAGAAGCCAGACCUCCAGGAUUGCCAUCUACACACUUGCCAAUGGCAGAUGGCCCAAGAAUUGUAAUGGAACCAAACAUGGUGGACCUUCUUCCGACUUGUGUAAGAGUAUCCAGUGUUCCUGGUAUUCCAUCCUGGCAACAAAUGAACUUAAUACAGUCGAGGGAUAAUUUGUGGUGUUUAAGCAAGAAACCAUUGUGUCAAACCAGUCUAAGAGAAAAGUCUCUGGUUUUUGCCACCCCAGGCAGAGUAUAUGACGACAAAGAAUCCAGAAGACAUAUGAUGGCCCUGGUCCCAUCUUGCCCUAGUAAAAGCCAAAUACCAGGGUUUCCAUCAGCACCAAGACCCAAAGUGGAUCCAAGACAUCAAAUGCCAAGUAUGACAGACAUUCUACCAAGUUGCCCAAAAUCCUCACAAAUUCCAGGAUUACCAACCAUAAUGGCCUCAAAUGAAACACUGGCACUGAAGUGGCCAUCUGAGGAUAUUGUGUUCUUUAAACCCUUUAAGGAAAAGCCAAAGAUCCUUCAUUUUCAUGACCUUGGCAAAUUUUAUCAUGAUAUGGAAAUGUUAAAAACUAUGUUGGUUCUUGUACCAACUUGUCCAAGAAAAGCCAGAAUCCCAGGUUUUCCAUCUGUUCCAAGAGACCCCAAAAAGUUACACGCUGAUAAGGCUCCAAGCAUGGUUAAUAUUUUACCAACUUGUCCCAAAUCCUCAGGAGUCGCCGGACUUCCGUCAAGAUCACUUGCAGAGUCCACUGGCUGGUUCAUGGAUAACUCAUCUCUGUUUGAAAAGCCAUUUAAGAGCCCAGCAUCUAAGAUACACCAUUUCCCAGCAGCCCCCGGGCUGUUGGAUACAAGUGUUAACAUGUCGAACAUGAGGCCAUCUUGUCCUAGAGCUACAAGGAUACCUGGUUGUCCUUCAGCACCGCAACCUGAAAUUGUCAGGCCUCCGAGUAUAGUGAACCUUGUACCCUCUUGCCCCAAAGUUUCUAAAGUUAUGGGCCUCCCAUCAAUCAUGGCAGUUAAUGCAGAACAGGAAAUACCACACUGGUACAAAAUAGCCAAGAAACCUUUGUGGGUAAAACAAAGAAAGGACCCAUCUGGUUUAGUUAAACCUUUGUCUCUAAGAAUUAAAUUAUUAAAAGAAUGUGGAGAUAUCAGAAGACCCAUGGUUAAUCUGGCUCCUACCUGCCCAUGGCAAGCAAGAGUGCCUGGUUUCCCAUCUGCACCAAGGCCAGAACCGGAGAGGGCACGAAGUAUGAUAAAUCUUUUGCCGUCCUGUCCAAAGAUGUCCAUGGUGCCUGGUAUGUCAUCUGCCAAGUUAGUGGAAGAGUUUGAUUUAGUUAAAGCUUGGCCUACCAGGGAGAUGUCUUUAUGGAUCAAACCUUUUAAAAGUAAGCACUGUCAAGCCAUAUGUUUAGAACCAGCACAGUAUAGACCGGCAGAUGAUUCUGGAAGGGAUAUAGUAAAAAAUAUGUGGCUCCUUGUACCAUGUUGCCCAGGAAAAGCAACAGUACCCGGGUUUCCAUCAUCACCAAAGCCAAAACUGGACAACACUCCAAACAUGGUGAACCUUUUGCCAUGUUGUCCAAAAGUCGCUAGGAUUCCAGGAGUACCAUCCACAAGAAUGUCCAAAACUGAGUUACACUCAGCAAUAAAUUGGCCAUUAGGUAUUGAACCUUUUUGGGUUAAACCACUUAGGAAGAAAUCCUAUGAAUCUGUUCUGGUUCUUCCAGUUCAAUACAUAACAAUCUUGGAUAAAAUUAUUAUCAAAGGAAUGUCUUACCUAGCACCAUCUUGCCCAGGAAGAGCAAGGAUGCCUGGUUUUCCAUCUGCUCCAAGACCCCAAGCAGUCAGGGCACCUGGUAUGGUUAGCAUGCGGCCAUCAUGUCCACAGUCUUCAAGGGUGCCUGGUCUGCCAUCCACCAGACAAUCCCACACAGGGUUUGAUGCAGAAGUGAAUUGGCAUGCAGGUACGAAAACAUUGUGGGCUAAAACAAUGAAGGUCAACUCAUGUCCACAUGUAUUAGAUUGUCCAUCCCAAUAUUGCUCAACAAAGGACAGAUGUGUUAUAAGAAGCAUGGUGUCCUUGGUGCCAUCUUGCCCAGGAAAAGCAAGGAUGCCUGGUUUUCCAUCUGCUCCAAGACCCCAAGCAGUCAAGGCACCUGGUAUGGUUAGCAUGCGGCCAUCAUGUCCACAGUCUUCAAGGGUGCCUGGUCUGCCAUCCACCAGACAAUCCCACACAGGGUUUGAUGCUAAAGUGAAUUGGCAUGCCGGUACGAAAACAUUGUUGGCUAAACCAAUGAAGGUCAACUCAUGUCCACAUGUAUUAGAUUGUCCAUCCCAGUAUAGCUCAACAAAGGACAAAUGUGUUAUUAGAAGCAUGGUGUCCUUGGUGCCAUCUUGCCCAGCAAAUGCGAGAUCACCUGGUUUUCCCUCUCUGCCAAGGUUGGAGUCCAGCCUUUUGCCAAGCAUGGCCAACAUACUGCCAUUUUACCUAUCUGGCUCUUCAGCAGAAGACAAAGAUAAAGCUUUGCUUGGUGAAAGGAAUCCAUGUCAACCUGUAUCGAUGUUGGCAUUGACGUCAUUUGGACCAAGUGAAGUUUCUGGGUAUCUUUCCACACCCUCUCAAAGUCAUACAGAACUACCUUGUGAAAAACUCAAAUUUCUGCCAAGGCUAGAGGAUAUCAGUAGCCGUAAACAUACAUGUCCAUCUGAGCCAAACCAGCAGCCUCCGUCUGCCCAUAUGACCAAUGAUGAUGAUGAUGCAAAACCAGACUUAAGCUCUGUACCAACCCUUAUUAUGGAGAACAAGGGCUUUGAGGCAAGAGAUAAGAGAAAUGAGGGCACUCUGAACCGAGGGCAUUUGCAGUGCAGAAUGUGGCACUCUAUUCCAGAUACACCGUUAAUUUUGUCUGUUAGGGAGAGAUCUGGAAAUAUGACUGCUCUGGUACCAGCAUGUCCAAGAACAAGCAGUAUCCCAGGAUUCCCAUCCACACAAAUGACUAGCGCAGACACUGGAUUAGAGAACUUUUCAGUGGACAAAAGCACAUUGUGGGAGAAACCAUUAAAAGAGUCACAUGUAUUGCCAGUGGAUAUAGCAAAAGAGCAAAGAGACACAAUGACAGGGAUGGUGAACUUAGGACCUUCUUGUCCAAAGAGGGCAAGAAUGCUUGGUUUUCCAUCAGUAGACUCGCCAGAAUCAGAGGUACAUCCAGUAGAGAUGACACUAAAUAUGAUCAAUCUUACACCAUCUUGCCCAAGUGUAACUAGAGUGGUUGGAAUGCCAUCCAUAGUCACUGACAACACUCCUAACAUCAAAUGGACAGCCGGGUCAGUUGACAGAUGGUCGAUAUGGGAGAGACCUCUAAAGAGAAAAUCUUCGGCAACCAUUUUGUCCACCCUAUUCCCUAAAACAUCAAAAGAAAUUAUGAAAAACAUGUUUGCCAUGGUUCCCUCAUGUCCACCAGCCUCAAGCAUCCCUGGAUUCCCAUCAGCAAAGAGAACCAAGGAAGCACAAAUGCCAUCCAUGAGGUCCCUGUUCCAAUCAUGCCCAAACAUAUCCAAUAUCACCGGCAUCCCUUCAAAAUUAACACAGCCAGCAGACCAACCUAACAUUGAGUGGUUAAAUGUCAGGGGAACUCUGUGGGUGAAGCAGCCACUGAAGAGACUAGAAUUACCCAGGCAGACAUUUGUAGAGGACACAGAGAUCUGUAGUACAAUGUGGGCUCUGGUGCCAUCUUGCCCAGUUGCAGCCUCAGUCCCUGGUUUCCCUUCUGCACCUCAGCGUAUAGCAGAUAAGCGGCAGAUACAAAAAGAGCCAGUCAUGGUAAAUAUUGUACAUGCUUGCCCAAAGUUGUCCAUAAUUCCUGGAAUACCAUCUCAAGAUGCAACUAAUGUACAACAAAUACCUGACAAAACUGUUCUAUGGGACAAGCCUCCUCAAAUAAAGAGUUUUGCUAUAGCAAUGUUACAGUCAGGUGAUAAAACAAUUGAUAAAGAUAUGGUGGCUUUGGUCCCUUCGUGCCCAGAGGUUGCAAGAAUUCCUGGGUUUCCAUCUGCCCCACGUUGCAAAGUUAAUUUAGAGCCAAAUAUGGCAAAUAUUCUCCCAUGUUGUCCAAAGAUAGCAAGAGUUCCUGGAUGCCCAUCCAGAGAGAGUGCUGUGACAUCAGAAGGGCUCAGCGACAAGUCAUCUAUUUGGCGCAAGCCAUUAAGAGAUAAGACUGUAAGAAUUGCAUUUAUUACACAUGGCUCAAGCCCACAGUAUAAAAACAUGUAUGCUUUGGUGCCAGCUUGCCCAACAAAAGCAAGGAUUCCUGGGUUUCCAUCUGCCCCACACGGCAAAGUUAAUUUAGAGCCAAAUAUGGCAAAAAUGCGCCCAUGUUGUCCAAAGAUAGCAAGAGUUCCUGGAAUACCAUCUCAAGAUGUGACUAAUUUAGAACAAAUACCCGAAAAAACUGUUCUAUGGGACAAGCCUCCUCAAAUGAAGAUGUUUGCCAUAGAAAUGUUACAGUCAGGUGAUAAAAUAAUUGAUAAAGAUAUGGUGGCUUUGGUCCCUUCGUGCCCUGAAGUUGCAAGAAUCCCUGGGUUUCCAUCUGCCCCACGCCGUAAAGUUAAUUUAGAGCCAAAUAUGGCAAAUAUUCUCCCAUGUUGUCCAAAGAUAGCAAGAGCUCCUGGAUGCCCAUCCAGAGAGAAUGCUGUGACAUCAGAAUGGCUCAGCGACAAGUCAUCCAUUUGGCACAAGCCAUUAAGAGAUAAGACCGUAAGAAUUGAAGCUAUUAUGCAUGGCUCAAGCCCACAGUAUAAAAACAUGCAUGCUUUGGUGCCAGCUUGCCCAACAAAAGCAAUUAUUCCUGGAUUCCCAUCUGCCCCACAACCCAAGUGUUGGGAAGUGUCCAACAUGAUAAACAUGAGAUCUUCUUGUCCAAAAGUGUCCUGUGCUCCUGGGGUCCCUUGCACUGAGAGAUUGCACACUGGACGGUGGCUUUUUAGUAAAAUACCAGAAUGGGAGAAACCAUUUAAAAGUCCAAAGUUGUUGAUGCAGACUUCCUCUGUCCUUGAAAGUUUGCCAAAUGAUAGUCAUAUAAUGCAAAGAAUGAUGUCUUUAGCAUCAACAUGUCCAAAAGUAGCACGUGCUCAAGGGUUCCCCUCUGCCCCACUACCAGGAGCGAAAAAGAGGCCACAUAUGUUUUCACUUCUUCAAUCCAUCCCAAGAGUCAGUAACAUACCUGGCAUGUCCUCUUCAGCUAUGUUGAUUUUUGACAUAAGUCAUUCAAAAUCAUGGCCAGUGCAGACAUGUCCAGUGAUCAAGAAACCUCUGAAAGAGAGGUCUGCCAUGAUGAUCACCAGCUAUCAGUAUGACAGAUGGACCAUGGGAAACAUGUUUCUCUUGAGACCAGCAUGUCCAAUCAGGGCUACAAAUCCUGGCUUUCCAUCUGUAUAUAGGCCCCCAUCAGUGGAGGAACACACAGCAAGUGCACUUUACCCAUCAUGCCCAAAGGAGUCUUGCAUCCCUGGCAUCCCCUCCUUAAUGAUAAACCCAGCUCAAUCACUAGAGGCUGUUUUAUAUAAGCAGAUAUUACUGAAAAGGCCUUUGAGAGUAACACAAUCUGGAACUGUACUUCCCUAUCCCACAACUGAAAAUGAAGAAGUUUUUAAAAGUAUGGUGGCCCUGCUACCAUCUUGCCCAAGAGAGGCAAGGACCCCUGGGUUCCCGUCUGCACCUCCCCCCGCACUAGACUCUGAAAGUCUAGUUUGUCCUGAGACAGCAUCAACUGAUCAAACUGCGAACAUUGCUGGGGUGAUCACUGAGCAAAACUUAGUGGAGGCUAUAGACAUAUCGGAGAUGGACACACAUGGGGACAUUGAGAACACUGGAAUAUGCAUCGAGGUAAAGCCCACAAGUGCCAUUACAUUAACCACUGGGGAACCUGGUAGUCCAACCAAAGAGGAAUGUAAAGAGGAUGUGCUCUUUAUAAAAGACGAGCCGUCUCCAUGUUUUGCACAUGAUACAGCAGACUUCUCUGAGUCUGGGCUUGUAUUAGAUUGGGAAGUGUUGGAAGCCGAGGACUCUUCUGUAGAAAAAGAGGAAGGGUCGUCAGGACUGGUAAAGACGAUAGUUGGUGUCUUUCACAAAGGUUAUGAGACUGUUGCCGCAAUAUUACAUCCCUCAAGCCCAACUGAUGUGGACGAUCUCGAGAAUCUCUUCUCCUCUGUGGACCCCAGUGACGCUGAUGGACGUAUUCAAAGCCAGGAUGAAGCAAGUGGGGCAUUGUCAUUCCUUGGAGCAGAGCAGGACGAGGAGCUUCCUGGAAGUGCGGAGCCGUAUAUGUACCAUUUGUCUGAGGGCAGAUCUGAGUCUCCAUCAGAGGAUGAGUGUUGGCUGGUUGAAGGUGGUGGCUUUAGCAUGAUGAAGAAAUGGCCUCCAGAGGAUGAUCUGUAUGAGAUCACCAAGGCGGAGGACUUCAGGGGGACAGAGGAAGUGGUAGAGAAAGCUUUGGGUGUUGAUUCACUAAGCCAAACCAAAGUGAAAACAUCUCGACAGGAGGAGGACUCAGGAUCAAGGGAGGUAUUGGAACAGUGCAUACCAGCACUCACUGUUGACACACAGAGAGAUCAAACUGAACGGAAGUUUCCGGAACUGGGCCCCAAGCACCCCAGUGCAAAAGGGGUUUCUGAUCCUUCGCUACAGCUCACCGCUGAGGAGAAUCCAUUUGUCUCACGGGGGUCUCCCAGUACUGAUGAAUCAAAGCCGGCAGUGGUUGACCUGGUUCCGCCACGACGUACAAAGAGAAAAGACAGUUUGAACAGAGAGGCUCUAAAGGCUGUUGAGUUAGAAUCAGCUAAUACUGAGGGGGUUGCCCUCUCCAGUGUUGACAAACUCACUCCCCCUCUGCGAAACAAGAAGAUGAAGGCAGAGGGGUCUCACAAUGUAGAGAUUGCUAAUGUUGAAAGUGCGCCGUUGACGGAGUCUGUUGGAGGUGAAGGACAGCAGAAAGUAGCUUCCUCCUUGUUGGAAACAAGGGAUGUGGUUUCCUCUGAACUCACUCUGGAGGUAAAAUCUCCUCAGACAAUGGAGGACAAAACUGAUUCACCUCUGACCUCUGAAAUGCCUCAAGAGCCUACAGAUGGAAGUGUGCCCUCUGAGGAAGUGAUAGAAGAACCCAAAAAUUCAGAUGUUUUACUCCCAUCCUUCUCUGAUGAUACUCCACCGCUCCAAAUAGGUACACUGGAAAACAAAGGUCCAUCCAAAGACAUUGACUCUCAUUCUGCUGCACACAAUCAGACUGUACCUGCAGCUGAAUUUGUACCACCUCCACGCAGCAGGAAAGAAAAAAGGCCCUCUCCGCUUCUCACAAAAGACACAACCACCUCGUCUGUUCAGUCUAGGGGUUGUUCACCUGCACCGAAAGAACCGGUGGUGCCCAAGCGCAAGAAGAAGGGCAGGUCUCAGUCAUGUGAAAUCUCUGUAGUUAGCAGUACUGAGAGUUGGAAGGAGAUGAAGGCGAAGACCCCAGAGUCAGAUAAACCUCCAGCCAAAGUAUUGGAUCUGAAGAAGCCAAACACAGACAUCUCUGAGCUCAUAGCUGGAGUGAAGAUGCGAAAGAAACGAGCACAGCUGCCUGUUCCCAUGCCCCGUCAGAAGAACCGCCUAAGUGGAUCUUUUGUUGAUGACAUGCCAGCAGUGGACAAAGAAGCCUGGGGAAAGGCGGUUACUGAGGGCCUAACAAACGUACACGUUCACAUGCCUUGGAUGAAGAAGCAAUUGAGUGGAUCCUGCCUGGAUGAUGCGUCAUCACCUACAGAACCUCAGUCAUGUGCAGCGGAAACAGCAGUGGAGGUGGAGGCCAGGGUGAGAGAGGGCCUGUCAAACUUACCCAUUCCAAUGCUUCGUGCUAAGAAGCGCCUCAGUGGGUCUAUCCUGGAUGACCCUUUAUCAGCUGCAGAAUCUGGUGUUUGUGGGAUAGAACCAGCAGCAAAAGCCUUGGGUAAAGGGAUGACUGAACGCUUGUCAAACUUGCCUGUCCCCAUGCCUCGUAUUAAAAAACGUCUCAGCGGAUCUUUCCUGGAUGUCAUGACAUCACCUGCAGACUUGCAUCUGGGUGCGGUGGGAACCGCAGUGGACAUAGAGGCCAGUAAAAAGGGGAUGGCAGAAGACCUAGCAAACCUACCAGUUCCCAUGGCUCGGAUGAGGAAACGGCCAAGUGGAUCUUUUCUAGAUGACAUUUCAUCCCCUACAGAAUCUCAGUUAUUUGCAAUCAAACCAGCAGAGGACAUAGCAGCCAAGGUGAUGGAGGUCAGAAAAGGCCUAUCAACCUUACCCAUCCCCAUGCCUCGUAUGAAGAAACGAUUAAGUGGAGCUUUCCUGGAUGACUCAUCACCACCUAUUGAAUUGCUAGCAUCUUCAGCAGCAUCAGCAGUACACGUGGAUGCCAGCAGGAAGGCAGUGCUAGAGGGUCUUUCAAGCGUGCCUGUCCUCAUGCCUCGUUCAAAAAAGCGUCUCAGUGAAAGCCUCACCGAUGUGAGCUCGCCAGCAGACUCCCCUCUGUCCUCCCCUAUAGGCUCUUAUGAGACUAAAGAUUCAUUUUUCUCAAAACUGUUUCAACCCUCCAACGAGGGCAUCUGUAAAGACUCUUCCCCUCCAGUUUCUGUUGAAGCGUUUGGAAGCAGUGAUGGAAGGGAGGAGAAAUCAGAGCCCUAUGUCACCACAACGGCCUCUGAGGGGCAAACAGAGGCAGCUGUCUUACUGGCCAGAGACAUGACACAUAUGGACAAGGAGACAUCCUCAGAGACAGCUGUCUUACUGGCCGGAGAUGUGACGCAUAUGGACAAGGAGACAUCCUCAGAGACAGCUGUCUUACUGGCCGAAGACGUGACACAUAUGGACAAGGAGACAUCCUCAGAGACAGCUGUCUUACUGGCCGGAGAUGUGACGCAUAUGGACAAGGAGACAUCCUCCGAGACAGCUGUCUUACUGGCCGGAGACGUGACACAUAUGGACAAGGAGACAUCCUCCGGAGCCAGCACUGAACCACUGCCCGGAGACGCCGCUGUGUUGACACUAACAGAAGCUAAUGCACCUGAGCGACCCGAGCAGACAGUUGACAUUUUUGACCAGGCAAAGCAAACGGUGCUUUCAGGAGAAUCUGAUGUUGGAAAGCCUGCUGAUGGCACUGAGGGGCCAGAGGCAGACUUCGGGCAAGCAGGACAGCACAUGCCUGAGAGCACAGAGUCUGUAGAGGUGACGGCUACAGGUGGCAGUGUCUCAGAUGAUGAAAGCCAUCAGGGGGCAGCAGAGGACUCCAGUCUCCCUGUGGCCAGGCCUCGCAUGAAGAAGCGACUGAGUGGCUCAGUCCCAGAGGACUCGUCCCCUACCGGUCAGGAAGAGCUGUCAGAUGUUCCAGCUGUGGUGCCACGACGGAGCAAGAAGAAAUUGAUAGCAGACCCUGUGGACCUUCAGGGGAGAGGCUCCGCUGGGGAUACAGCUGGGGGAGAUGCAGACACAGCUAGAUUUCAGGAGGCGCCCAGUCUCGUAAACUCCAGUCAGUCCCUGCUGCAGUGGUGUCAAGAGGUCACUCAGGGUCACAAAGGGGUGAAGAUCACAAACUUCAGCACGUCAUGGCGAAAUGGCCUCGCCUUCUGUGCCAUCCUGCAUCACUUUCACCCAGAUAAAAUAAACUUUGAAAUGUUGGACCCUUAUGACAUCAAGCAUAACAACAAGAAGGCGUUUGAUGGCUUUGCGGAGCUGGGUAUCACACGUCUGAUGGAGCCCUCAGACAUGGUCCUGCUGGCCGUGCCGGACCGGCUCAUCGUGAUGACCUACCUCAACCAGAUCCGCACAAACUUAACGGGCCAGGAGCUGAGCGUGAGGCAGAUCGGCCGCGAUUCCAGCGAGUCCAGCUACGCUGUGGGUACCACCGAGGCCCCGGACACCGAGGCCACCGCCCGUUACUGCGACGAGCAGCUGCAGAGGAGUGGCAUCACCCUGGAGGCCCACGGCAGCCGUCCAGCGGAGAGUGGAGGGUCGCAGGAGAGGGAGAGGGAUGCCACCAGCGCUACCAAUGGGGACGUGGUGCCACCCCCGCGGGCCAAAAGGACGCAGGCGGUGGCAGCAGUAGCAGGGGCGUCGGGUGUGGGAAUGGGCACGGCAGGAUUUGUGCCACCUCCAAGGUCACACUCGACCUUGUCAAAGUCAGGGUUUGGCCACGUGAAGGACGCAGACUUGGUGAGGAAGAGGCGUUCGCAGAUCAGAGGGGACUCUAUGGACGAGUCGGAGCUGUCGGAAGCCCCAAGCAAAUCAGAGAUCGCCUCGAGCCAGAUGAGUGUGUUGCGCCCUGACUCACAAAACAUUGAGCUGGAGGAGGAGAGCAGAAUGGCGGGAGAAGAGUGUCAGGACACCAGCCAGUAUGUUCUGAGUGAGAUGCAGGCCCUGGAGAUGGAACAGAGACAGAUUGACCGCAGGGCAGGCUACGUGGAGAAGAAACUGAGAACACUCAUGGAGAGCGGUACUGACCGUAUCGAGGAGGAGAAGCUGAUCCAGGAGUGGUUCAUGCUGGUCAAUAAGAAGAACGCUCUGAUCAGGAGACAAGACCAGCUGCAGCUGCUGCAAGAAGAGCAGGAUCUUGAGAGGCGCUUGGAGCUGCUGAAGAGAGAGUUGCAGGACCUGAUGGCCGUGGAGGACUGGCAGAAGACCCAGGCCCAUAAGCAUCGGGAGCAGCUGCUGCUGAAGGAGCUGGUGUCACUGGUGGACAAGAGGGACGAGCUGGUGCAUGACAUGGACGCAAGAGAGAGGGGGGCCCUGGAAGAGGACGAGAGGCUGGAACGAGGCCUGGAGCAGAGACGCAGGAAGUACGGCAGCCGCAAGGAGAAGUGUUCAAUACAGUGAGACCAACGGAGAGAGAAAGAGAGAGAGAGAGAGAGAGGAGGAGUAGCAGACCUGAUCAGAGGGUCAAAGGUCAUCCGUAGACUUCCUCUGACUUACUCCAACUUCCCCGUCUGCUCUCCUGGUUUUUCUGGGCAUUGUGGCACUGGCAGUACUGGAUGGGUCCAUGGAUGGGACCAUGGAUGGGACAAUAGGGCGCAUCAGUAUCUUCAGAUGGCAUUUAAUCUCUGAAAUGUUUUCAAGACUGUUCAUGGAAAAAGCUGUGAGGAUGUGUGGUUCUGUGUCUGUCUCACUGGACUGUUGACUAUUCCCUUGUACAGUGCCCCUUAUCCAUGUCCUGUGUUAACUGACAGUGGACUUUGUACAUCCAAAGUCUCAUGAAUCUUGCAGAUUGUGUGCGUUGAAAGUUAGCUAUACGUGUCCGUAUGUUUGCCCGUCUCCAGCAUGCCUUACUGUUUCAUACACUGUAGACUGCUACAGCGCAUGUGAAAACAGUAAUGGAGUUCCCCAGUGGAAUAGAACUGCAUGCGAUUGCUCCUGCCUACACCAAAGAUAUUACUCUGUAGAUUCUUGUUUUAAUACACCAGGCUUCUUUGCCAUUUUUUUUAAACUAACACUGCCCUGUCAGACCCAUGUAAAAGAUAGCUGUUGGUUUGACCGUUUGUUUCGUUUAACAAACAAAAGCCAACAGCAGCUGAUGUAGACGACAUUAAGCCUGCAGUAAGUUGCUGGAAAGUGAAUGGGAUGGGAAUGCGAGAACCUUGUAGGGGGAAAGUAAUAUGUGGGGAGGUGUUUUGUGUGAGAGGCCUUGAACAAUGUGAGAAGCUUGUGAGCUCGGCCCCUUCUGGGAGAGCCAGUCUGACCCGAGGGAAGGAACAAUAGUGGAAGUGGGAGGUGUGUGUUACGUCACACAAAGCUGGGUUAUGGAGCUCCACAUAGCACAUUAACUAGAGUCCAUAUCAAGCUACAGUUGAGAGACUCUGUGUUUUGUUUUUGCAUUUUUGAUUAUUCAAUAUUUAAAUAGGAACAAUAGAGAAUGAACAUAUGACCCAGAACAUAUGUAUGUAUGGUGAUAUACCUUGUGUGCUUCAUCAUUUAUGAAGUAACACCCGCCAUCGUCGACUAGUCGAAGUGAUGGUUUCAUGAUAUCCUAACAAACUAAUGAGACUUUGGUCUCCAGAUUGUAGGCCUAUCUGUUUGAAAUGCUGAUAUGUGUAUUUAUUAUAUUCAUUUUACAGCACUUGCAUUCUGGGUCAUGUAGAGUUGUCCUCACAUAGACCUUACCACAGUAUUAUAUCAAGAAAUAUCUGACUUGGAGAAGGAUGCAGAACUGUGCAAUGGGGAACCAGCAGCAAAAAAAACAUCAAAGCACCAUGAGAUUUGUGUGCAAGCAGAUUUAAGCGUGAAUGUGUUUGUAGGCAUGCAUGUGUUUUUUUGUGUGUGAAUAGUGUGUAUGUGUAGGUUUGGUUGACUUGUGUGUGUGGUAUAUAAGUUUAUAUCCCAUAGCCACGUUGGCACUGACAGUUGCAUACUAUUAGUACAAGUGUACUAUUGGUACAAGUGUACUAUUUUUGUGUGAUAAAUACUAGUAGGAAUUGAAUGACUUAUUUUUUGGGAAAGUCAUCUGACAUGCUGCAUUUGCACUAUUUAUAAUGACCCCCCUCCCCCCUCUGGAAAAUAAAAAGAUUUUGAUUGUC